AUGUCACGAGAUUUGCCUGUUUGUCCUGUUUGUGGACCCGCGAGUGACCCUGAGGAUCACCCUCCGAGGGUCCAACCCCUAGGUGGACUACCCUCAGGGUCGGAAGGUUGGACCCUCGAACCGCCCCAGUGGCGGGGCGGUCCGAGGGUCAUGAGGGUCACCCGCGGGUCACUGCCAGCUUCCAAGUCCCCUCUAUCGUCAAUUCAAGGCAAUUCGAAAAUUUGUCGUCGUUGUACAGAUAAAUCAAGAGUAGAUAUUCGGUGUGAUCUCCGAUCUGCACGAGUUCAAGACUAUUGGCGUCGCGCCAAUGAAGCUCUUAAGGAAAAAGAAGAGGCAUCUGGGGAUAAAGAUUAUAUUGAUACUGAGAAUGAGCUAUUUUCUAUGGUAAAUAGAGAUGGUAUGGUGGGUGAUAAAUAG